AUGGGUUCCCGGUCCGGCGAUGGAGCGGCGGUGUCGGCUGCGGUGUUGGUUUGUUGGCUGUGCUUCGCGGCGGCCGGCGUCGGCGCGAUAGGGGCGAACUGGGGCACGCAGGCGAGCCACCCGCUGCCGCCGGAAACGGUGGUGCGGAUGCUCAAGGACAAUGGGUUCCAGAAGGUCAAGCUGUUCGACGCCGAGGAGGGCACCAUGAACGCCCUCAAGAAGAGCGGGCUGGAGGUGAUGGUCGGCAUCCCGAACGACAUGCUGUCGACGAUGGCCACCAGCAUGAAGGCCGCAGAGAAGUGGGUAGACACCAACGUCUCCAGCUACCUCAACGACGGCGUCAGCAUCAGGUAUGUUGCAGUUGGGAAUGAACCUUUCUUGGAGACAUACAAUGGAAGCUUUCUGCAAACAACUUUUCCUGCCAUCAGAAACAUACAAGGUGCACUUAUAAAAGCCGGUUUGGGCAAUCAAGUCAAAGUCACAUGCCCUCUCAAUGCUGAUGUCUAUAUCUCGUCAACCUCCAAGCCUUCUGAUGGGGACUUCCGGACAGAUAUUCAUGAUCUGAUGCUCACUAUAGUAAAAUUUCUGAGCGACAAUGGUGGAGCUUUCACUGUCAACAUAUACCCUUUCAUAAGCCUCUACAUUGAUCCAAACUUCCCUGUGGACUAUGCCUUCUUUGAGGGGGCCUCAUCACCCAUCGUUGAUGGCUCCUUCACUUAUACUAACAUGUUCGACGCGAACCAUGACACACUUAUAUGGGCUCUGAAAAAGAAUGGUUUUGAAAACCUCCCAGUCAUUGUCGGGGAGAUUGGAUGGCCGACUGACGGGGACAGGAACGCCAAUGCUCAGCUGGCUCAGCGCUUCAACCAAGGCUUCAUGAGCCAUAUUGCUUCUGGGCGAGGAACACCGAUGCGGCCUGGACCUGUUGAUGCUUACUUGUUCAGUCUAAUAGAUGAGGACGAGAAGAGCAUACAGCCAGGAAAUUUCGAGCGGCACUGGGGGAUCUUUACUUAUGAUGGCUUGCCAAAGUACCAGCUGAAUCUCGGGACAUCAAAUUCAGGUGGUCUUGUGAGAGCAAGGGGUGUGAAGUACCUUGAAAAUAAGUGGUGUGUACUGAAGCCUUCUGUGAGCCUCAAUGACCCAAAGCUUGCAGACAACGUGGGUUAUGCAUGUUCCAUGGCAGAAUGCACCAGCCUUGGCUACAAGACAUCAUGUGGGAUGCUGGACACCCGCGGCAACAUUUCAUAUGCAUUCAACAACUACUUCCAGAAGAAUGACCAAGAUGAUGUGGCCUGUGGGUUUCAGAAUCUCGCGACGACCACAGGCCAAGACCCCAGCACUGGGACAUGCAGGUUCGGGAUCAUGAUCGAGGUUGACUCCGCCUUCUCAUGGAGGCUGCAGGGGCAUGGAAACAACCUCCUUUUGAUCCUCCUGCUUGUGCUUCUCCAGCUAUUCCUGUCCUUCUCUUAG